AUGUACAUGUCUAUGCUGGGGUUAGCUGCUUUCCUUGAUUGGCAAGGUGGAUUGAAAACCGUUCAAGGCAUCAUUUGCUUCGGUAUUGGGGCCAUGGUCGGCUGGCCAUUCGCAGGAGCAUUGGCUAUACCAUUUUUACUAGAAGAGAUUGCAGUGGCUUGGUCUCUAGGAGAUAUUGCACCCGCUAUCAAGCGGGUAUUGGAAGGGGUCGUAAAAUGCUUGUUAAUCUUGUCUGUUGUGGUCUUGGUUGACAGCAUAUUCUACCGUCAAUUCGCCCUUGUUCCAUGGAACAUUGUGGCCUAUAACGUCUUUGGCGGCUCCGGCAAAGGUCCCAACAUUUUCGGGACCGAACCAUGGACUUUCUAUUUCAAAAAUAUCCUGCUCAAUUUUAACAUGUGGGCCGUUCUUGCGCUCUCCAGCAUUCCUCUGCUGGUUCUCCAGGCCCUGUUCCGUCCUCACAAAACCUCUGCACAAACACUUUUCAGAUCAGUGACUCUGGUAAUGCCGUUCUACAUGUGGUUCGCCAUUUUUACUCUUCAACCUCACAAGGAAGAACGGUUCAUGUACCCUGCCUACCCGUUCCUAGCGUUAAAUGCCUCCAUCAGUCUGCAUAUUGUUCUAGCAUAUAUCGGAUCGUCGGACCCGGGGACAUUGGUUGGCAAAAUACCCGCUAAAGUGAAGCUCAUUAUAACUGUCAUCCCUGUAUUACUGGCCAUAAAUAUUGGACUUUUAAGGACCGUAGGCAUGGUGACAGCUUACAGCGCUUCUCUACAGGUAUUUGAUGCGCUACUGCAAACGGACGGUGCUCCACCUGAGGGUUUCGUAUGUUAUGGAAAGGAAUGGUACCGAUACCCAUCUUCCUUCUUCCUUCCGAACAAUAAUCUUCGAGCGAAAUUUGUCCAGAGCGAAUUUCGAGGGCUGUUGCCAGGGGAAUUUGCUGAGUCCGGGGCUGGUCUUGGAUAUUUCCCAGGAACAUGGACUGUUCCUAAGGGGAUGAAUGACCGAAACCUGGAGGAUCCAGAGAAAUACACUGAUAUUUCUCAAUGCACAUAUUUGGUGGAUUCCUAUUUCCCAGGCGACAAGGAGACUAAGCCCGAGCCUCACUAUAUUCUCGACACCGAGAUGUGGGAAAAGGUCUCAUGUAAGCCAUUCUUGGAUACCCGCCGCACCGGUGUCUUAGGACGAACAAUCUGGAUUCCAAACCUACCUUUUAUACCAAACAAAUACCAGCGUGUCUGGGGGGAGUACUGCCUGCUUAAACGAAGAACUGCCUGA